GAACAUUUAAGUAAUAGGUUUUAUUAUUUUGAUUUUUCAAUUACGAGAAACGACUUUUGUAAAUUGUUUAGUUGCUCAUAAUAAAUCGUCAAAUAGUUCAAAGAAGUACAAACACAUUAGUGACUGUUUGAUACCGGCAAAAUGGCUUCUAAGGAUACGGAGGUUAUUUUUAAAGUAAACAACAACAUGACUAACACUAGUCCCUUAAUUUUUAAUUCUGAAUUGAAGCAAGUUGUUAAUAGUUCAAAAGUACUAGUAGUUGGUGCUGGUGGAAUAGGAUGCGAGUUACUAAAAAAUCUUGUACUGACUGGAUUUGAAGAUAUCGAAGUUAUUGAUUUGGAUACAAUAGAUGUAAGUAAUCUUAACAGGCAGUUCCUUUUCCAAAAGAAACAUGUUGGCAAAUCUAAAGCUGAAGUUGCAAAACAAAGUGUUCUCCAAUUCAAUCCCAAUGCAAAAAUAAUUGCACACCAUGCAAGUGUUACAAGCCCAGACUUUGGAGUUGGAUUCAUACAGAAAUUCAACGUUGUUAUGAAUGCUUUAGACAAUAGAGUUGCAAGAAAUCAUGUUAAUAGGCUUUGCUUGGCUGCUGGAGUUCCUCUGAUUGAAAGUGGAACUUCUGGUUAUUCAGGCCAAGUAGAAUUAAUUGUCAAGAAACUUACAAAAUGUUACGAGUGUGAUCCAAAAGCAAAUCCCAAAACUUUUCCAGGAUGCACAAUACGUAAUACCCCAUCACUUUUAAUACAUUGCAUAAUUUGGGCCAAACAUCUUUUUAAUCAACUGUUUGGAGAACAUGACCCUAGGGAAGAAGACUUCGAUGUUUCACCUGAUCCUACUGAUGCCGAAUCAGGUGGUGAUCCAAAUCCUGAUGUCCGAAGAUUGUCUACUAGAGAGUGGGCAAAAACGGUUGGGUACGACCCUCAACAGCUUUUUGUGAAAUUAUUUGAAGAUGAUAUUCAGUAUUUGCUUACAUUAAAAGGGUUAUGGGAAGAUAGAAGACCACCUACACCACUGAAAUGGAAUGAAGCUCUUGAAACCGUUGAUAAUGUCCUACAACCUGAUAACCAAAACAUGUUAAAAGAUCAGAAAAUAUGGAAUUUAUCUGAAUGUGUUAAAAUGUUUCAAGAAAGUUUAUCUGGUCUCAAGAAGGCGUUGGAGGAAAACAAUAAUGGAUUGGAUUGGGAUAAAGAUGACAAAUCCUCAAUGGAUUUUGUGGCAUCUGCUGCUAAUAUUCGAGCUCACAUUUUUGGUAUUCCUGUCAAAUCAAGAUUUGAUAUUAAAUCAAUGGCUGGAAAUAUCAUACCAGCGAUUGCUACAAGUAAUGCCGUUGUUGCUGGUCUUGUCGUUUUGAAUGCCAUUAAUGUUCUUCGUGGAAAACUGGAUCAGUGUGAGUCAGUUUAUUUGAGGAAAGCGCCGAACCCUAGAAAUAUUUUAAUUGUAAGAGAGAAAUGUUUAGAGCAACCCAAUCCUAAAUGCUGUGUUUGCUCCGAAAAACCACAGGUUACUAUAGCUACAGAUUUAAUGAAAAUGAAGUUAAAGGAUUUCGAAUCUCUAGUUUUGAAAGAAAAAUUAAAUAUGAUUGAACCUGAUGUUCAAAGAGAUUCCACAGGUUGUGUUAUUAUUUCUAGUGAAGAAGGUGAAACCGACCAUAACAAUGAUAAAACUCUAAAGGAAUUAGGAAUAUCUGAUGGUACUAUUUUACUCGCUGAUGACUUUGUUCAAAAUUACCAAUUAAAGAUCAUCAUGGCCCACAGGUGGUGGUAAUGAUAAUUGAGAACGUUUAAGACUACAAAAAAUGUUUAUUGAAAAAAAAAAUUCUUUAAUGUAGGUUGUAGACAGUGAUGAGAAAAAUGAAAUUAAAAAAAAUAUAUAUUCAUAGAACAUGUCCAAUUAGAAUAAUACUUGAGGUACACUACGAUUGAAUUUCUUUUGAGAAUCACCCAUGUAUCUAUUUGAGAGUUGGGAAGAGAGGACCCUCCAUUUUUUAUGGCGGGCGAUCCUAGUGAAUUAAAACCUCAAAAAGAAGAAGUCAAAUCUGAUGAUCACCCAGAGAAGAAUGGUGAUGAUACUGACGAAGUUAACAUUAUAGAUGAUGAUGAUGAGCUAAUGAUAAUCGAGGAAGAGGAAGAAGAAUCAAGAAAGAGAAAGAACGAGGAUAUAGUUCCAGUUCCUGUUAAAAAGCGACGGACUGAAGAGAUGCCUAACAAUUUUGAAACUAAUGAAACAAUACAUAUUUAAGUUGUAAACUAAAAAUUAUUAUUUUUUUAUACAUUUAUGAUAUAAAUGUAUGUACAUUUUUAAUCCUAUCUUUUUGAGAAAUUUGUGAAUAUUAGAAUAAGUUUAAUAUUGUAACACCUGAAUAUUAGAAUAAGUCUAAUAUUGUAACCAUUUAUGUUUAUAAAAUAUUAUUUUUAAACUGUUUGAUAUUAUUUAAUUCAGUUACAUUAAUAUCCUUUGAUUUUAUUCUUUGAACUGCUGCAAAGUUUUCUUCGUUUGGUUAACUAUGUCAGUUAAUGGUCAGUUUAGAUCUAAAUUAAAUUUAUUUUUCUCAAAAAAAGAAAUAUAAUUUAUCCCUAAGUAAGGGAAAUAUUUUUUGAAUACCUACUUGUAAGUUAUAGAAUCCUUUAUUGUUUCAUCUUUUAAUUAUUAUAGGAUUUUAUUUUCCAAUUUUGUAAGAUCAAUUAUAUAAGCCAACAGGAAUGUAAUCAAAUUUAUCAGAUUAAAAAUUGAUUUAAAAAAAAUUGUAGAAAUUGAAAUAAAAGCAACUAGACAUAUUA